AUGGCAAGACUCAUUGAUGAUACCGACUGUCUACGACGCAACCGGUCAAGAUCAAUCGGUGCCAAUUUUUUGGCACAUAGGGAUAUUCACUUUGAACCUGUUCUUCGAGCCGCGUCAGCUGACACCGAAGGAUUGCUCUCUGCCUUUGCCCAUGGAGGGAAGUCCUCAACAGCCAGGAAAGAGGAGUCAUGUAAAACUGAGGCAGCUGAGGACCAAAUGCUGCGGAUGGGGGAGCCAACCGUCCUUAAGCUCCAUUACGCCUAUUUGCUGACAAAUAUAGGCCCAAAUGACUCAGAUUUUGUAUGUUCUACUCAAGGCUAUACAUUUUGGUUACAUUUCAUAUAUUCUGGUGCUCUCAACAUUGUCCAGAGAGAAUUAGCAGAUGACAAGCCGUUAGACAAGCCAUUGCAGGCUAAAUCCAUCAAGCAGGGUUGGCUACUACAUUAUUCUUUGAAGGAGCCUAAGAACCCUCGUCGAAUCUACGUGGUUGUCCUGCCUAGGCAGAUAUCCAUUUAUAUGUCAAGACAAGCCUCCAUUCAGACGCCAGAUUUUCCGGAAAUCCGGCUUUCUAUGGACGAUUGCAUCUCUUUGCAGCGCAUCCGCCUUCCGCAGAACCCUCAUGGAAUUCAACUUUUGAUGAUGUCCAAUGAAGCCGUCAUCUUGGGGGCUCUUACUGAGAUCAUCCGCGAAUUUUGGCUACAGGCUUUCAAUUGUGCCCUUGAUCCACACUACAGCCCGCCAAAUACACUUAGCUUCCAGCUAUGCCUCGCCGCGAAUACUCAUUCGCCCUUUUCUUUCUCCUCCUCCUCCAACUCAUCAUAUCUUCUGUCUCAAUCCCCAUGCCAUUUAAGUCAUCCUCCAAUCACGGUUUCACAUAUACCCUCAAACAACACUCCAUGUGCCCAAGAACUGGCACCCUCUGGCCCUUUGCAUCAGUCCUGCCGUUCUGAGUUGACAAAUAAUAAGGGCUGUACCAGGAAAUCUGAAGUCGGAUCUUCUGCCUGUACGGACAAAUCUGCUGAGGCAAGAACUUCCUCACAUACAGCUCAACUACUUGCUGAUCAGCCUCCAAUUCACCAGUGCCAUCCAUUUAACGAAGUGUUGCCAAAUAGCACCCCUCAAUCCGUGCUUAUCCAAGGGCUAAUUAAAUCUGUUGAAAUUCCAGCUUCAUCUACCAACAUCACCUCAACCAUUCUUAGCACUGGCUUGUCCUUGCCUUUGAAAUUAACCACUGCCCCACUCCUCCACAAAUCCAAAUUUCUACAAUCACAAACGCCAUCAUUAUCAGUGCAAUCACCAGAACCACUAGUAGUGUCGCUGCCACCAGUGCCAUCGUUCACACUAUCAACACCGUCAUCAUCACCACUAUCUUCAUCACCGCCAACUCAGUCGUUUGCCAAUCGCUCAAUGAUCGUUUGCUCAAACGCCACUUCCGUAGUCUCAGUGUCAGCCUCUGGCGCACCGAUGCUUCGUCAACAGAGGACACACGACAGCCUAGUCCCUCGGUUGGCGAUCCAACUUUCUUCUGCGCUUCGUACGCCUCAUGCUCAAUCAGCUUCAUUUGUGGAUUUCGUCACUCCGCCCGGUUAUUGUUCGUCGGAAUCGAAGGAUAGGCAUCUAUGCGGCCUUGAGACGGCAUCUGAAGAUGCCUCUGCCACCGCCACCCAUCUUAGACAGAGAUCUGUGGCACACAGUGUUACCGAGUCGCUAGGAUAUAAUGAGAAUCAAUCAAUGCAUCCACAGCCUGUGGGAUCAUCUGUUCCAGAAACCUUUUCAAUGAAGACAGCUACUUUCAAAGAUAAACGGCCUAGCAAAGAACAAAGAUUUUCUGCACCCAUUAGCAUGCGCACUUCUGGAUUACUGCUAGACUUUGUAGCACAAGUUUCCGAGACAACUCCGUUCAUAAAUUAG